UCGAAAUAUUAUUAAAAUUCCUAGAUGCAACGUAUGACAAUUUACUCAUUUACAUGAAAUCUUAUUUGCUGAAGAAUAUAAACAAUUAUUCGAAGGAAAAUGGAUAUAGCUGCGUUGUCUGAUGAGUCGUUUAAUGCAAUAGAUUGGAUAAAUGGAAACUACAGUAAACAUUUGAAGGAAAUAGAAGACGGAAGCGUGGAUAAUGGUGUUUCGCCCCAGCAGAAUGUUAAAGAUAGCGUUGCACAGGAUUUUAUAGCUAAAUAUGUAUCUAAAUUACACCUUUAUAUACAACAAGUGCACUGUGUUGUCGAAGAAACUAGCCAGAAGAUAGUAUCUGGUAUGCCUCGUGUUAUUAAGGACGCUGUCUUACUUCAAGCUGAAGUAGAAGAAUUAAAAAAGCGAAUGCAUUCAAUGCGUAAGGAAAUGACAAAUGUUCAUGAAGAAACAGGUGAUUGCAUGGCAGCAUUAGAACGCUUAAAUACCAUGCAAACUAAACUUCAAAAGGCCAAGGAAUCACUGCAAGAAUCAGAUGGUUGGGGGAAUUUAAUCUGCGAUCUCGAAGAUUGCUUUGAACACAAUAAUUUGAAAGAUGCUUUCGAAAAGCUGCUAAGCUUGCAAAAGUCACUACAGGUACAAGAACAAUUAGUUGGUCAUACGGAAAGACUCGCACAGGUCGAAGAUUUUAAGAAUCGAUUGGAAGCACUAGCAUCCCCAAAUGUGGUUCAAAGCUUUGUUGAAGGUAAUAUAGACCAAUCCAAGCAAUACGUAAACAUUUUUUCUGGAAUUCAUCGUGUCUCACAAUUGAAGCAAUACUAUCGAGCGGUUCAAAAAAAUUCCUUGCAACAGAAAUGGAAACAAAUCUUGGACAUUCAAGCAACAGAAAGUACAAUUCAAAAUGAUUUUCUCUCAGCUUUCUACAGUCAUUUAUUGGAGCAUUGUCAACAGCAAGUUAAAUGGUGCACACAGGUGUUUGACAACCCUCGUGGCAACUUUCAGCCAAUAAUUGUAUUAAUAGAAGUUCUGCCAUCAUUACAACCAACGCGUGAUAGCAAUAUAUUGCAAUUACUCAAGGCAUCCAAUGAGAGGCUGGAACUUUUGGAAAAGUACGCCCGAGCGAAUCAUACUUUUAUAUCGCAUUUAAUUGCAUUUCUUGAGCAAUCAAAAAUUGAAUUAUCAAAUGAAACCCAUUUCCAAUUAGUGCAAUCUGUUUAUGGAUAUUUUCAUAAAUUUAUAGAACAAUACCCACGGAUAGAAGAAACGCAAUUAUCAACACAAGUAGAUAAAUUAUUAGUAAGCCAACCAUCGACGGUGGAUUCAGUUCGUCAUUUGGAGAAUUGUAAUCAGAAAAUCUUUGAUUGGUUGUAUGAUGCAUGUAAUCGGUGCAAAAAUAUAACAGACGAUUUAGGAUUAUGCAGGCUUAUUGAAAUAAUGGGUGGAACUUUGAAAAAAAUGCUAGAAAAUUUUUCUAAAACUCAACGACAAAUUUCUUUAAGUAUUACACAUGGGGCAGAAAAUUGGUUAACACUGCAAUGUGCUAUGUCACUUUUGCAGUGCUUGGCGGAUUUCCAAAUAAAACUACAAAAGUUUGAAAAAUCUAUGCAGAACCGUAUUAUCAGAUUAAAGGAAAAUCUGGUUUCGAGUAAUUCUAAUAAAUUUCAUAUAUAUAAGAUUUGUGAUAGCCAAGAGCAAAAAAAACUAAUAAGCGACAUUGACAAAUAUCUACAAAAAUUUGUGGAAACCGGUUCAUCAUAUUCUUCAUCGGCGACAUUUUUUACAUCUAUAUAUGACCAAAUAAAAGGACACUGUGUGGAAAGUCAUGACAUAGCCUUAAACGUGUUACUAAAACCAGUAGAAGGGCAUCUAUCAAAUAUUCAACCAUCACUGAAUUCAACUUCUGAUUCACUAAUGCCAGCUAAUAUGCCAGAGUUCAGUUUUGUGCCGCAAGAAUGCAUUACUCAAGUUGGCCAAUAUCUAUUAACCCUACCACAACAUCUAGAGCCGUUAUUAUUUACACCUUCACCGUUGCUUAAACAAGCUCUAGAGAUAUGCAAUGUUAAAUAUACACAAUCUGUUCCCUGUGCCGAUAUAUUAUUAUCAUUAGUAGUGGAGCAAUGCUGUCAACUAUACCAAUCUCAACUGUUGCAAAUAAAAAGUUUGUCUGUCACUGCCUCCAAACAGUUUGCUGUGGAUAUUGAAUAUUUAUCAAAUGUGGUGGAGGAUUUGGGAUUAUCCAUUAGUGCAAAUCUAUCUCAAAUUUUGGUUUUAUUGAAAGCUGCUCCAGAAAACUAUUUGUCUUUGAGCGUCGGAUGUGAACCGCGUUUGGUAACAGCCAUACGACAAAUGCGCAAUAUACUUUCAACUCAGUAGUUAUUAUAACUAAGUAUUUCAAAUAGUAAAUCGUAUGUUAACAGAAACAUUGCAUUGUAUGUACCGUAUAUUCAUAUAAAUAAAUAAUGCAAAUAAAUAAUGCAAAUAAAAAUGAAGCAAAA